ACUUAAAAGAAGACAUACAUAUCUUAUCCAAAUAUCCAGUUCUGUCAUCUUUCCUCUACAUUCGCCCCAAAUUCUUCAUCACUCCACUCUUCAACCCUCCCUCUUUAAAAUUCAUCUCUGCAAUUCUCUGGAUUACAAACAUAUACUCAUUGUAAAUAUCCACAUCUGCAAUUCUUCAACCCCGUUUCUCUCCGCUUCAAUCUUUUACCCGAUCCCCCCUCUUCACACUUUUCAUUCCGGAAAUGCCAAAAACUUCAUUAACAGUCACUAUUUCCCGAUACAAACGAAAAGCCAGCAGCCUCAACCACCUUCCGUCACCAUGACGGACUACGAACUUAAAAUAAUACUCACCCACUGUAUAGAUCCACCCCCACAAUUCUCCAGGCCACACAUAUAUAUCCGCAUUUCUCCUCAGACUUCUCAUCUUCACGCCAUCACUCUUCAUUCCCCCUUUGCUUUCCAUUUCCCCUCAACUCUUCAUUUUUCGCCUGUCACUCUCUAAACCAGUCAGGUCCAAGGUUCGAGUCAAGCUCUAGCAAUAAAUCAUCACCACCACAGGAAGUCCCCAAAUCCAUAGGCUAAAUCUUCAGCAGUUAGUUCACCAAAAUAGAAUCCAUAGCCAUACGCUCCGCAUCGCACCUUUCCCAAAAAUAAGUGGUUAAAAAGCCUCCAAUCCGUUCGCUUUUCAUUGCGGAAAGUUAAAACGCCACAAAGGUUGGAACUCCACAAAAUCCACAUCAAAUUCAUCAGCUUCUGUGCAAAGCCUUAAUCAACGAUCCCCACGGCAGCCUGCAAAUCAUCAGCCUUUACGUCUAAGUCUAAUUUCCCCCAUCCGCAAGUCAUUACGCAAAUCUAAAAACCUACAAACUCUUGAUUCCCAUACCACCAAAUCCACACCCUUAGAAUCUUUGCGUGACUCUUUACUUUUCCGACCCCCUCAGCUGAUCCGGCACAACCGGGUUCGAAUCCCAGCCACGAAGCGGCCAUGGCGACCAGCUUCGGGUGCAACGCAACGGAGAUGGCUUCACUGGAGCAGCUUCUAGGCUCGGGAGCCAACGCCUCCAUGUUCAUUUGCAGUAAACUUUCUUCCAUUUCCGACCAGCUCGCAGCCACCUCGUACGCCGUGAACAACACAUACCUCCUGUUCUCGGCCUUUCUGGUCUUCUCGAUGCAGCUGGGCUUCGCCAUGCUCUGCGCAGGGUCCGUGAGGGCAAAGAACACCAUGAACAUAAUGCUCACAAAUGUCCUGGACGCAGCUGCAGGCGGACUCUUCUACUACCUUUUCGGCUUUGCCUUCGCUUUUGGCCGAGGAGACCAUGGAAAUUCCUUCAUCGGCCAUUACUCCUUUGCCCUAAAUGAUGUCCCCAGCGAAAAUUACGACUACAGCUAUUUUCUGUACCAGUGGGCUUUCGCCAUAGCGGCUGCGGGCAUAACCUCGGGCUCGAUUGCAGAGCGCACGCAAUUCGUGGCCUACCUGAUCUACAGCUCGGCCCUAACCGGCUUCGUUUAUCCAGUCGUUUCUCAUUGGGUGUGGUCGCCGGACGGGUGGCUCAGUGCGAGCAAUACUGACUCUUUGCUCUUCGGCUCCGGCGUCUACGAUUUUGCCGGCAGCGGGGUUGUGCAUCUUGUGGGUGGUGUGGCGGGUCUUUGGGCUGCUCUGAUCGAGGGGCCUCGGAUUGGGCGCUUCGACCAGGAGGGUCGACCAGUCACAUUGCGUGGUCACAGUGCCAGUCUCGUUGUCCUCGGUACCUUCCUGUUGUGGUUUGGCUGGUAUGGAUUCAAUCCUGGGUCGUUUAUCACCAUUCUUGUGCCCUAUGGUUCAGGUAGUUUUGAGGGCCAAUGGAGUGCAAUCGGCCGGACUGCGGUCACCACAACGCUCGCCGGGUGUUCUGCAGCGCUCACGACUCUUUUCGGUCGCAGAUUGCUUUCCGGGCAUUGGAAUGUUCUUGAUGUCUGUAACGGCCUUUUGGGUGGUUUUGCUGCCAUAACUGCAGGUUGUUCGGUUGUUGAGCCCUGGGCUGCUGUUAUAUGUGGUUUUGUCUCUGCUUGGGUUUUGAUUUUCUGCAACUACUUGGCUGCCAAGUUCAAGUAUGAUGAUCCCUUGGAGGCCGCACAGCUCCAUGGCGGGUGUGGGACCUGGGGGAUCAUUUUUACUGCAUUAUUUGCGAAAAAGGAGUAUGUCUUGCAGGCUUACCCUGGGAAGAGCUCUAGACCUUAUGGGUUGUUCAUGGGGGGUGGGGGUAGACUUCUGGCAGCGCAUAUCAUUGACAUUUUGGUUAUACUUGGAUGGGUUAGUGCUACCAUGGGACCUCUGUUCUAUGUCUUGCACAAGCUUGGGUUGCUCAGGAUCUCGGUCGAGGAUGAAGUGGCUGGAAUGGAUCUGACCAAGCAUGGUGGUACUGCUUACAUCUAUCGCGAUGAUGAUCAUGGGCAGGAGAUGGGAUUAAUGAUGAAGGCCACCCCUACCCAAACCACCCCUCAGGACAAUGGAACAUCUUUUGAGCAUGGACGUUAAGGCCCCUCGGAUUUAGGUCCUGUGGAUUGUAAGAUAAAUUCUACUUACUGUUUUGGAGUAAGCUGUUUAGGCUUAUGUAAGCAAAUAAAGUUUCUUAGUUGCAGAAAUAUGUGGAGUAGAAUUGAGGUCGUGGGAGAUUGAGUUGGAGGAUUUAUCACGAUAGUUUUGUAUUGAGGAUUGAGUUGGACAUCAGAUAUGCAAGAUGAUGUUUGUUCUGUUUGGGUUGUCUGUAUAUGUCUUCAAUUAUGAUGGGAGACCCGGAAUGAAAGGAAGGGUAAUUUGGAAUGAUGGCUUUAUUCAAGAACUUGGACAAAAUACAUCAUUUUGAUGUAACUAGUCCUCUUAUUUUAUGCAUUUCUUUUGCAGUAGGACCUCCUAACCAAAGUUGGACCGUAUAAUGUAUUUUCAUUAAUAAAUGGAACUCAGUUUUUUAUGCUUUAGAAA